GAUGAACCUCUCGGCGAUUAAGUCACAGACGAAAACACAUUGCUUCCCUAUCUCUCAGAGGUGAUUCAGCUGUUUCUAACAAACGUUGAUUAGAAAUGGCUGUAGUCCCUAGAAAAAGGAAUGUCAUUAAUGACACAACACCGAUGAUGUGCACAAUCGAGGGAAUUGCCAAGAAAGACCAUGUGGUAAGAGUUGUAUUACAUUACAGCUAGCCGAUAAUGUGGAGCGUUUAGUUUUCCAAUCAUAUUUGCAUGCUUGAUAUAUUUUGUUUUCCUUGUUGGUUUACCUCGUAGGAUUAUAUUAUGAAAGUGCAGAGGGGCAUCAACCAAGAAGACUCGUGGCAGGUUUGUUAAGCUUUACAUAUUUGCAGUUUUAAAAUUAUUUUCAGUAAUCGCCGGGUGUAGAUUUUCCGGGUAUUAAUAAGAUGUGCGACUCGACCUCUGUGGAGAUUUGCGUCUCGUCAUCGAUCGAGAUAAUUAAGCGGAAUUUUUUCCCGAUAAUUCAGGUUAACACGUUUACCAACAAAUAUUUUGUGAUUGCUAUUUCAAUCACACAAACAACCACAGGAUCUCGCUUCAAUUUAUUUCAAUUUAUCACGCCUGAAAUUCCGAAAACUCCUUCGAAAUCGUAACAAGCCCUAUAUACAACAGAUUGCAAGAAUUAAUUGCAAAGCUUGUCCGAUGUACAAAUGGAAGUUUAUUUUGAAUUCAGAUGUGGUCAAAGAUAUAGAGACAAUUAUUAAAUUAAAUCAAUUAUUAAAAUUUGUUUUCUGCGGUUGAAUAACAUUUUGAGAAUGAAUUCGAAAUGCUAAGUACUGAUGCGAUGUUUGAAUAAAAGGUAACGUUUCACUGAUAAAGGGGGAGAUGGUUUGGGUAAAAUUACAGAGUAACUAUUGCUUUUCUAAUGAUCAAAUUAUUUUUUUUCCAAGGUUGCACACCGGUAUAGUGAUUUUGUCACUCUACAGUCAACCCUAGAGGUUUGUUACUUCUCUGGACAAAUAUAUUGGUUCAGUGCAUCAUUAUGUAAUAGCUGGUUCCAAGAAAGGAACGUUAACCAUGUAGAAUGAAUCCAUACACACAUUACAUCUCUAAUAAUGUACAUGGAAAAAUUAUGCUCUUCUGAUUGGGCAAUAACUAAUGCAUUUUCAUGUAACACAAGUGCAAAGUUAUAACACAAGUGCAAAUUACAAAGAGCAUGUCCAUGGUUUCAAAAUUUUCAUCUGUCCUACCUUCCUGUGAUGUUUUGUCACGUACAUUAUUAACAAGUGAUAACAUGAUUUCUCUAGCAAUUUGGUGUAAUAAGCACCACAGGUAGCCCAAGCUCCAGCUGUGGGACAAUCAUCUUGUGUAAUAAGAGUGAUGAGUCAUGGUGAAAAUGCAAGAGUUUGUUUGGGAAUAUUUAUGGCUGCUCUUAGGAAUAAAAAAAUACAGUCCAAUUCUUGCUAAGAAUACCCCACCUUACUUUGACAGUGCAUUACUUGUUUUGUGACUGCUUACUUUGUUUCAAGGAACUCAUUUGAGUAAGUUAUCCAUUUCUAGGGUUACUACUCUAAAGAGAAGUACACACUCCAUUUUUGAAUACCCAAUUCAAGAAGCAAAAAAAUCCACACUCAAAAUGACUGGGUGACCACAAAUCCAAUGCAGAAUCCAAGCACAUAUACUGUAGUUUAAUUUCAAUUCACUACCAACUCAAUAUUCCCCAUGAAACGAUGCUAAGCUGCAGUUUGCUUCCAAAAUUUCCAGUUCAGAAGUUUUUAAUGACCCACAUACUCAUUCACCAUGACACAAGACAGUGAAAAACUAGUAUGGUAACCCUGCCUCCUUUGCAAACUGAGCCUCACCAGGGACCACACUGACACUUGACAUCAACAAAUUGAUGAAGUGACGAUGUGGUUGUAAAUAUUCCCAUACAGACUCAUGUAUUUUUGCCAUGACUCAUAUUUUACAAGAUAAUCAUCUCACAGCUGGAGCUUGGGCUGCCUGUGUAAGCACUACAAUGUUUUUCAAAGAAUACAAAUUGCACUUGCCCUGCGUGCUUGUGCAAUUUUUGUUGUCUUUGAAAAAUUUACUUAUGAUUAUUAACACCAAAUUGCAAGAGAAAUCAUGUUAUAACCUCUACUAACUUUGUGACCAUUUUCAAAUCAAACUAAAUUUCAAACUCACAAGAAUACUUUUUCAAGUCAGAAUAUAGAGGGAUGUUAAUACAUCCAGAAUAGGAUCUUCUGGAUUUUCUUUACCUCUUUCAUAAGAAAUGAAAAUUCAGCUUUCAAGAUCCUAUUCUGGAUGCCAUAACUGAUAAAAUUAUUUAUCAGUUUACAUAUGCAAAAUGUAAUUCUGGUUUUUCCACCAGGGUGAUUAAGAAUGUCUGUCAACAGACAAAAGUUUUUAUGUUCCCAUGCACCUGUGUUCCUCUCCUUAGAGUUUCCAGACUCAGCCAAAACAGCUCAUUGCUUUAAAUUAAAGGAGUCGUUUGUGCAGUGGCCACUUGCAACCUAAACUGAAAAUACAGAUGAAAUACAACUGUAAUUAUUUACCUCUAGGAUUCAAUUUCGUGCCCUCCUUCCAAUGAAUGCACCCUCUUUAAUAUGCACCCCCUUGAAUUUGAUUUAAUUUGUUAAUAAGAGCCCCUGUUCUAACAAGUGUCCCUAUUGGUUAACCACAAUCAUUCAAAUAAGCUUCCCUAUUUCGUUUCCUUGAUCGCCAUCAGCUAGAGUACAGUUUCAACCAUUUUUAAUAAUUAGGCAAAUAUUCUCUGUACAUUUUUUACUUUUACAGUCUUUGAUAUUGUUCCUUUUCAAAUAAACAUAAAAGCUUUGUUUCAAACAUUCUGCUGUUUGUCGAAAAAAAAAAAAACUUCCCUGUCCCUAUUUAUUCAUUCAUGUUUUGAAUGAUGAUGAUGUACCACAUAGAAACAAAGUGAACAUAUAUACAACACACUAAACUGAUGAUGACAGGAGUUAUGGCGAAACAUGUCUUAAAAAAUGCUAUUGUGCGUUUGAAAUUUAUUUUGUGACACUGUUUUUUUUUUACCAUUUUUUAUUGGUGUUAGUAUCAUCCAUAUCACCAACUUUUUUUAUCUUGAGAUUACAUGUACUAUAUUUUACUGUACCACUGCUUUCUUUUCUUCUUAGGUCUCAGGUAUUGAUCUUCCAAUGCCCCCGAAAAAGGUAUUUGGCAACAUGGAUGCAGCAUUUAUUGCAGAAAGACAGCAAGGUCUUCAGGUAUGGAAAUACAGUUCCAGUAGCUGUUGUCUGAUCUAAAAAUGUAGAGGAGAUUUGAUAUCUUAAAAAAAAUUUACUGUCUAAUGUGUGGAUGGAAACAGGGGGGCAGGAGCAUCGGAGAUGAGAGAGGAAAGGGUGGGUGGGGGGGUGCAAAGGUUGUUGACCCUUUGUACCCUAACAUGGGUAUCCAUAUUCUCCAUACUGUAUCUCUAUACAUUUUGUUCUGUGUUGACAAGGAGAAUUUGUUCACGUAUCAAGUACAGUGUACUCUUAUAAUUGGCGAUUAUAUCCUUUGUUCGUACUGAUUCAGUAGUGAUACUGUAUAGAGAAAUUGGAUGCAAGUUACUCCUAGUCAUGUAAAGAUUAAUGAUGGGGUUGACUUGGAUGCAUCUCUUAAACAAACAAACAAAAAAAUCAGAUAAGAGGGAAUUUUGAACAACUCAGUAUUUUGGUAGUAAUUUAUUGAUAUUGUUGGUAGAGCUGUGUGGAAUUGCAAUUGGACUGUUGGGUCAAGUCUUAUAUUGCAGUACCAUAUCUUCAAACCCCAUCAAUAGCUAUGUUUGUUUUGCUGUACAUGUACAUGUAUGUUAUAUUAAAGAAUUGGUCCAUGCUAAGCAUGCGUAUAUCUAGUUAGGGAUGCACACAGGUAGUUAGGAGAGCUUGAUGUAAGCAUAAGAGUUGCUUGAGGUGCAGCUGAGAGCAACUUUAGCUUCUUGAGAGUUUUGAGUCCUUGUGACUAGUCUUGGUGGGAACUCUCAGCUGACUUGAAACUGCACACGUCAUGUUAUGGAUGCAUGGCCAUGCAGUACAUAAGGAAUUUUUUACCGUGGUAGCUCCUUAGGAAAUAGGUAGGCCUUGCAUGUGGGCUAUGUUAAAAGAACAGAUACACAUGUCAACUUUGUACUCCAGAUACAUGCUUGGAUCACCGUUUUUCUUUCAGAAUUAUAUCAACUUUAUACUGGCCCACCCAAUGUUAACAAGACACAUUUCCGUGAAGAGAUUCCUGGAUCCCACAAAUUAUUCACAUGACUUUCAAGGUAGAUGUGUAAUUAACUUGUCCAUUUGAAGUGCAUACGUGCACAGCGUUAUCUUAAUAACUUCACUCUAUCACUUACACAUUGUUCAGUUGUUCUUACACCCUCUAAUGUGAAAUUUCAUUGUCAAAGCAUCAAGUACUGUGCACUAUAUUUUUAAAAAGACCAUUUCUUGCAAGCAUUUUUUCAAUCAGGUAUUGGUAGGUAAAAGUGGUUUUAAUUAAUUAAUCAUUAAGUAUUAAUUAAAUAUUAACUGACUAUAUUUUCCCACAGAAACAGCCAUGCAAAAUGUAGCCAUGUUUUUACGGUCAGUUCCCAAUUGGGAAAUAGUUGAACCUUUACCUGAUGUUGGUGAGUUUUUUUUAAUUUCUAAAGAAUUGCAAGAAAUAGACAUUUUGUCUGUUCAAAUUAUAAUGUUUUUUCCUGUUGUGGAUUACCGCAGAAUUUCGUUUUCAUUCGCUUAAAUGUUCAUGCACCCCUCAGGUUGGCGUUUAAGGAAGCAGUUUUUCUUGAUAAAGCCUACAGAUCCUACAAAAAAAGAUGUCAGGAACAUUCUAACCUGGGUAAUAAUUUUUGCUGAUUUUUACUGUAAUUGUCAGAAAUAAAAAGCCUUCAUAGUAAUCUAUAUGAUUUUAAUUUUCUUUCUUCUUCUAGACUGACUAUGGUCCUGAAUUUAGUUUGGAUGAGAAAGAUCUAGAAGCUAUCUUAAAGUUAUUGACCUCUUUACAGGUAUGUAUACUUCAUUUAUUAUUUUUUGCUGUUAAGAAAUGUUAUACUCAAUGAAAAUAUUUCUCACUGACUGACUCUGGAAACUGUAUUAUUUAGCAUGUACCCUGUGUAGAUUACCCUCAAAAAAAUAUUGCUGUUCAGAAAUUAUGUUCAGUACCACUCAAAAGAAAAUUGAUAGGUUUUUUUUUUGAAACUCAAUCCCUGAUCUCUGAAACUAUUGCGAAUCAUGGAUUGAGAAUUGAAGCUGGAGGAUUGAGGAUAUGAGAAUCAAGGAUCAAGCCACUUAAGGUGUAAUGUCUCUUUUGAGGACCUCAAUCUGCAUUUUUUUUUUUUUUAGGAAAAAGAUAAAGGGAAGAGAUAUAUUUUUUUCAUGGAUCUCACUUUUCUGUCUUUUAGCAUCCUUACAUAUACCCCCCUUCAUUCACCACAUGCAAUUCCGAAGGAGUUAUAGCUGUUCGUAAUUUUGUCCCAAAUGGAACACUUAGAGACUGUCUCUGUAAGGUACAUGCAUUCAAUUGUUUGUUUGUUUGUUUGUUUUUGUUGUUUCUUUGCAAGUGUUAAUUACCUUUGGGAAUCUUUGUUGCUUUGAUUGUAUUUUUAAGUAUUUGUUGCUUGAAUGUUACAGGCCAAACCAAAGCUUAAUCAACUAAAGAAAUAUGGAAAUCCAAAAUCUAGAGCUGUUUUACAUGAACAGAACAUUCAGCUGUUUGGAAGACAAAUUCUAGAGGUAUGGAACAGCAAAAAAUGCUAUCUAGAUUGCAGCAGUAGUGGUAGGUUGAAACUAAAAAUAUAAACAAGAGUUAAGUUAAUUGAUUGAGAUAAGCAAAGUAUAAAUAAAAAAUGAAUGCAAAUGGACCAAAAUGGAAAAAAAAAACCAAUACUGAUAAUGCCUAAUAUAUUACUGCCAACUUGACUUCUAAAACAGAGAGUGGUACCAGGCACGACAUCAUGUAAACUGACCUAAGAGGUGAUUAUGCAUAAAAGUAACUGGCUUUAAAUACAAGAGGGCUGCAAUAGAAGAGAGCUGUGCGGUAUGAGAAAUGUGCGAAAAGGUGCAACUGACAAAGAAAAAGGCGAACAAACUUAACAUAAAACGCUAUCAAGGAGGUACAGUGUAUGAAAAAAAGAAAGAAAGAAAGAAAGAAAUAUGAAUCACAUGAAAAUAACUUAGAGAGUGCUUUGAUCUUACAAGGUGAGAGAAAAUUUAUUCACAAAUCUGACCUUGGGCUAUUUGCAAGUGACAGCAUGUGCUAAUAUGACAAAAGCUCACUGUAGUCUGUGUUACUGUUUGUUAUUUCACAGGCAUUAAAGUUUUUACAUGAUAAAGGAAUUCCCUAUGGUAAGCAAUGCUCUCAGACUUUGCAAAUGGAAUGGAAAUCUUUUUCCUUUUUAAACAUAUCUUGAAUUAAUCUAGUACAAAAAUAUGUGCAGUUGAGGCAUUAGACACAAGGUUGUCUGAUUUUGGCUGGGGACUUCAGAAUGAGAGGAUGCACCUUGAAGCCAUAAUGAAGGUCAUUUGCAAUGUGUUUGGGGGAAGUCACUUCAAUUGCACAAUGCCUCCCCCCUGUUCCUCCAAGGGGAUGAAUGCAAACCUGACAAAAUGCAAUAAAUAGUAUCUUUUCUAUUAAUUCUUGCACUCCCUUGAUCCAGAUAUCAAUUCUUAACACUGUGUGCAAUACUUUUAAUAUGGAUUUAGCUCUGAGGAAUUUGGUGUUGAAUCAGACAAUAAUUGAUGUGUUUCUUUCUUCUCGACACCCUUCUGCCCAAAACUGUAUCAGAACUGUAAGGAGAAGUUCUCUUUUGGUCACUGUUGGGAUUAAAAGAGUCAAGGGAAGUAAAUUACUCUUAGUGGCUUCAUGUUAACCCUUCAACCCCCAUGAGUGACCAAGACAGAAAUUCUCCAAACAAUAUCAAUACAAUAUCAAGCAGAUAAGUGAUGAGAAUAAAGAAAAAAAUCAAUUAGGGGGAUUAUUAGUUGAUCCAAUACCAAAUCCUCCAAAUUUACAUCACAAGAACCAUAUGGCAGACAGUAAGGAGAAUUACUAAUGAGAUCUUGGGAGUUAAAGGGUUAAAGACAAGAGGAUAAGCCACAGUAGUGGUGUAAUUCAGUCCCCAAUGUGCACUUCAUCCUUUAUUGGUCAAAUGCAGGGUGCCAGGCCUUGAAAUAUAUCUCCUACUUCCACAGGUCAUUUACAUUCAGGAAAUAUCGUUGUGGAAGGAAAUAUUUGUAGGUAAGUCUUUGUGCGGCUUGUAUCAAUGUAUAUAUAAAAAAAAAAAUCUGUUCAACUCCUAACUUCCACAAUCUGAUAGUUAAUUCUCCCCUCAAGGUGCUCCACAUUUAAUUAAUUACGAGAAAUUUAGUGCUAGAUCAAAACAACAACUUCUACUUAAUAAGUCUGAGUAUUUUCAUUACCUUUUUGCUGGGUAAUGUUUAGAUAUCAUAGAGACAAGUUACAUGUUAAUCACUUCUGAGAGUUGAAGUCCUUGGUUAACUUCUUAACCCUUUAACUCCCGGGUCAAAUUUGUAUUUCUCCUUACUGUCAACCAUACAAUUCUUAUAAUGUUAGUUAAGAGAAUUUAGUAUUGGAUCAACUAUUUAUCCCCAAAUUGAUAUUUUUCUUUAUUCUCAUCUCUUUUUUGGUUGAUAUUGUAUUGAUAUUGUAAGGAGAAAUUAUGUCUUGGUCACUCUUGGGAGUUGAAGGGUUAACAGUCCCUUCUUUCAACUCAUUUUUUUUUCCAACAACAAAUGAUAUCUUAGAUCUUUCAGUUCAGGGUUAUUGGUGAACUAGGUCUUUCACGUACCUCUUCGUGCUUGCUUAAGAUGUAUAUGUCGUUCGAACCAUUAUCUCUACGUCCACACUCUCGGGCAAAUGUCACCUUUUGAACAAAAUUAAACAGUUUAUGGAUUGCUAAAUGUUAUAAUAUUCUAAUUAAAUCACAAGAAUUCGUAAAAAUAAAGGUUUCGUUACUCUGUCUUCUAAUUUCAGAUUACUAGAAAUCGAAAAUGGUCUCUUGGGCAUUCCAUCAAUUCACAGACAUCGUUACGUUCCCAUGAAGAAAAUACAGGUAUGUAACUUUUACACGAAACAAUUUAUUUGCUGUUUAGUUCUGCCCAUAUUUUACCAAAAUCUUCCCCAAUUUACGUGUUAAGAGUCUUUUGAUAAGACGCUCCCUAGUAUAAGAAUGUCGUAUCAGUUUUGGACAAGACUAAAUUUCUGGCAAAAAAAAGUUGUUUUAUGUAUAAUCUAAUUGAAUGUGCACCAAUGAAGAAAACUUGCCGGUAAAAAUGACGAUUAGUUAGGAGACGGAAUCUAGUUAUGAAAUGAAUUUUCUUGUGAAGCUAAGUCAUUGUUUUCAUGCAUUUUAUUUCAAUGCUGUAGGAGAAGGAAUCAGAAGAUGUUUACUGUUUCGCACAUUUGUUGUACGAGAUGGCUUUUGGUGAAGCACUGCGAAGCAGCACACUUCAAGAUGUCCCUCCAAACUGUCCAUUACAACUAAGUAAGUGUCGUUUAACAAAUUCAACUAGUCUUGUAUGAAAUCGGUAUUUUAGUUUUAAAAUAGGCUGGUACAAGUAGAUAUGUUUCAUGGGUAAGUUUUUCCAUAAGCGUCUGCCAGUGGUGCAAUGCGCUGCUUUACCCGUAAGUUGCUGCAAGGUUAAACCCUAACACAAGAGCCUGCUUCCAGGCCGAACAGACGGCGGUAAGAGGUCUUGCAGGCGGUGGUAGACCGCUGUCAAUCUGCUUUUAUUGAAACCGUUAGAUGAGACCUACAGUUCUAUGUAGUACUAAGAGGGAGUUUCAAAAGAAGAUCGAAAAUGAUCGGUUACAGCUUCGGUUUUGCUUUACUUCGCUCCGUGAUUGGUCCAAAAAGCUCGCGCCAACUUCUCAACCAAUCAGGUUUGAGACUCAACCCAACCGCGCCUUUGUCUCACGCGUUUUCCCGCGCUUCAGUCAGUUUGCUUGUUUAUACGAUAGUUCUCAUUGGCUACUUGAUGAUACUUUGGAUUUAUGACGCUCUUUCUGAACAUUGUCCAUUAACAAAGCUGAAGGUAAUUGAUCGGAUACUUUCGGUGUGUAGUCAAGAAUCAAAUCCUUUAAGUGACCCUUCAAGUGCUUGUAGUGGUAAAUUAAUGCAUUGCUCGUGUUUGAAUAUACAGGAUCAGUGUUGCUAUCCAUCCUAAAUGACGAGGCGUGUAACAAGACAGGACUUCCGACUGUUGCUGAUCUUCUUGCGAAUCCGUAAGUGUGAAAACUGUACCUGUGUUCCUGUGACAUGCGUGGAAGAGAACCUAUUGUUUUGUUUUUCUGGGGUUGUUUUUCUGGGGUUGUUUUUCUGGGGUUGUUUUUCUGGGAUUGUUUUUUCUGGGGUUGUUUUUCUGGGGUUGUUUUUCUGGGGUUGUUUUUCUGGGGUUGUUUUUCUGGGGUGAGAGAGGAGCAGGAGAAGGAGAGAUCCUUGGAGCAAGAAUGAAUGGGAAGAGUAACUAAGUUCGUUUCCGGGAUCUCUCUCUCUUCCCUAUGGUGAGGUGUACCGUAGCACUUAUGUCCUCUUAUUGUAGAUAUGUCCUCUGACGUAAUGUGAUACAGGGGCCAAUCAUAUCCUGUGAUCUAUCGAGCGACACGCGGCUCGAGACUGGUUAAGAGACUUCGUUGUAGUUCUGUCUUCAAGCAAAAGUACUCAUUCAAGGGAGUCGGAAUAAGUGGAAAAUUUGACCAGUAUUUUCCGGUAACAACGUAUGAGCAACCUCCAACUGAUUUCAGGAAAGCUUGCUAUCCGCAUGUUCUUUGCGAACCAGAUACACACACAUUACUUUCCUUGAAGUUCUAUCGUUCCUUCUUUAAGGCCGUGUGGAAGAUGGGCAAAAGAAGGAGAGUACCUAGGAGCAAGAAUGAAUGGGAACCCUUAGUAAUGAAGUCUAAUCCCUUGCUAAUUGAAGAGUGUAAUUUUCAACUAAGUAGAGCUGUAAUUCGUGUCAAAUCAUUCCCUUGUUUUCCAGAUUUUUUGCAGCCAUAGACUUCCCAGCUGGUGAUAAGCCUCAACUAAAGGUAAAAUUAAUUUUCUAGCUCGGAACGUUUGAAAUAAUCCGAGGCUUCUUAACCUUUCUUUACUUCAAACCGUGAUUGGUGUAGAUAACUCACACAACGCUCUCGAAUAAACUCUGACCAAUCAGAUGCAAAACUCAAACUAGCAGCGACUUGGUCACUCGCGUUUCCCGCGCUUUUGGCAGCUUAUGUGGCUUUUCUUUGAGCUUUGAUUGGUUAGUUUUGUUUACUUUUUUUCCUGAUUGGCCGUUGCUAUUGCUUUAGAUCUGGUUUUUACGAAAAAGCGAACUAAGGAAUAUUAAAGAAACAAGAAGUACAUUUGUGGAACAUUGAUGUUUUGGAUGGUAAAAACGCUUGUGAGCUUGGUGAAAACACUGGGAAAAUGGACGUUUUUAAUCAAAUUUACUUAAGUUUAAAGAACAAAAUGUUUGUGAGUGAAGUUCAGUAUUUGCAAAAGAAUAGGAAUUUAGCUGUAACUGGUUUCUUAUCAAUGGUCAGUACGUACUGAAUUUUCUUCGGUGUUGAUCAUAUUGUUUUGUCUUAUCCUUGUAGAUUCCAAGUAAAUUAAAAGAAGCCUUAAAAACAGCCAAAGAUCGAACUGAAUCUAAACUCAAGGAGGAUCAAAAAACGGUAGAAAUGACCGCUACUUUUUAACUAUAGGGACACUAAGCAGUCAGGACGGCGACAACGAGGAUACGUCCAUAUUAAAGUGAAUUUAAAUUCUACUUUGAAAGUCUACGAAUGACUGGAUGUGUUUACCAUCUCUAACGGCACCAGACCUCAGCUUUCAAAAUUUUUGAAAAAAGUCGUACUUCACUCUGGAAUCUUGGAAUCGAACCUGGGCUUCAAAGGUGACCCGGGUUCGAUUCUAGUUUCUGAACAAUGAAUUGCAUUUGAUUCAAGGACUCGUAACAAAUGUAAUCUUUGUUUCUACACAUGAACGUGCGAUACGAUAAUUUUCCUUUCAUUUUUCUCUUCAGUUACGACAGUUCCGGAGAGCAUCUAAAGCGCAUGCCUACCACAUGUCAGAGGAAGAGAAGAAGAAGAGAAAGAAGUCCGCAAAGAAGGUGGAGAUGAUUUCUUGAUCUUUUGUUGUGUUCUUUUGACGUUUCUUAACCAGCACUUGUCAACAUUGAGUGUCCGCGUUUUUCCAAAAUAACAAAUUGUGAUAUUUAUAUUUAAGAUAAUAAACUCUCUAACUCCCAGAAGUGAUUAACUUGCAAUUUCUCCCUCUAAUAUCUCUACCUUAUCCAGCAAACAGGUAAUUAGCUCACUCAGACUUUUCAGGUUAAAGCUGUUAUCUUGAUCUAACAGCGAAUUUUUGUAACCGAUUCACAAGGAAAUGUGUAGCAGCUAGAGAGGAGAAUUAACAAUCAAAUCGUGGGAGUCAAAGGGUUUUUAUACUUUCUUCCAUUUACUGCUUAGAUAAAUUGAUGGAUGCUCAUCAUAAUCGUAAAAGCUGAUUAAUUGUUAAUUUAAUCGACCUGCUCUAUGGAAAGGGUGGUUUCCAGUUUUCGUUUUUUUAACGAGAUGAAAAGUAGGCACACAAGGUGUUUAAUUUUCAUUUUAUUAUUAUCAUUAUUACUAUUAUUAUUAUUAGUGCUAGUAUAAUUUGUUACAGGAAUAGCAUGCUAGCAUAGUGCUCAGAAUGCAUUAUACAGAUUGUGUGUUUAGUGUAGGUAAAGUAGAGGAUUGUUGAGGUGUAUCUGUUGAAUAGGAAAUAUGAAAGUUACAAGUAGACGAUAAUAUUCCUUUUGUUACAGAUAUGAAUAUAUACUAUUUUUGUUGUUGUAUUUUUACAAGAACUACCAGGUGUUAAAUUACCGUCAUACUUUCAUUGUGAAUAGAUUUUAAGUGUAGAAAUAAGUGUCAGAAUGUAAAAUUUUUGAGAGUCAGGUCGCCCUCUUUCGAGGAAGGUUUUGGAAUGUCACGCAACGCCCUGUGACAUUCUAAAAACAAAGGAGGAAAGCCAGCGAUACGUCAGUGAGCCAGCCAGUUAACGAAUCAGUCUUCAAGCUAGCCAGUCUGUGUUUACAUAUUCUUGAGGUAGUCAAAUAAACAGAGCCAGCUAGUCUAUGACUCAGUUCAAUAUACUGAUCUGUGAAAAGGGUCCAAAUGUCUGAGGUAGAUUAGACCAAAAACAGAACAGAGUUUGAUAGCUGUGUAUUAACCAUUCGUCUUAAAAAAAAAAAAAAAUAGGUAAAGAUAUCGCCGCCACAAUCAUCAUUUAUCGUCAUUGUUAUUACAUGUAUAAUUUUCAUUAUCAAAGUCUUUUUUGUCAGUCGUGAUUUCUCCACUUCCUUGCUGAACUAACGUUUUAUUUAAUUUCCAAUGUUCAGUCUUUUUCCUUGCCCUCACUUCAUCUCCAUGGCAACGUCUUGACUUUCGGCCACAUUAACAUGCUCACCCUUAAACUUGUCUCUACGAUCAUAACCGCACCCCUCCCCCAUUUGCCUCCUUCGUCUCCUCUCUUGUUACCCUUAGAUUUGACAAUAUUGAUCUUGCUGUUAUCAUCAUAGCUCCACAAAGUUCGCCCUUUUCCCUUGUUUCUAUAGCAUUUAAUGGCAUCUUUCAACUUUUCACAGGAUUAUUUAUGAUCGGUUUCUUGUUUUAUUUUGUUUUUUGUCCGCACAAAACUUUGCCCCACCCACUCCUCCCUUACCCAUCGUUGUUUAUUUCCUUUCCCCGCAGUUGCAGAAGGAGGCAUCCCUAUCGGACACAACACAGACAACAGGUAACAAACUUUUAUCAACCUUCUGUGAAGAUUACAUGGAUCUUGAAUAACUAAAGCAUUCAUAGCAAUUUCGUUUUGACUUUUAAUUUGACAACGGUUCACCGAAUACUGUCACUUCGAAGAACUCGAGGGUCUCGGUGUUUAAAUCCACGUAGUUUGGCCUCAAGCUCGCAGUGGCAAGGUCGCCAUGUCAGUCGUGCAGAUUUCAGCCGUUUCCGUCCAAUUUGAACGGUUUCAUCCUAAUGUAGAUUGCUCCGUCCACUUUUUUUUCCUGCUCCGUCUGAUUUUGGAAGUUAUCUUUGGAUUUUUUCAACAAAUCUUGGAGAUGUGAGAGAGCGUAGGGCGAUUUCAAUUUUUUUUAUUCAGUUUUUACUGAGCAAUUCGCCAAAUGUUACCACGUUAUUACUGCUUAAUCAUUAGCGGUGCUAGAGACUAACUGAAAAUCAUUUCUUGAUCAGCACGCCCGCCAUCCUCUCCUUCGCCUGCUCCUCGAACUCAAACCUCUGGUACGUUUAAAAGCUUCUUUGUAGUUAAGAUAAGCUUAUUUACACUGUGUUUAGGUCCGGGUUUACACGUUAAUGAGGUGUUAUGGUGCAAAAAGAUCAUUAGAAUUACUGUUGUUUGUUUUCUCUGCUCGACCGUAAAAAAGCUAAAAUUCACAAAGAAAAUCUAGUGCCACGCCUCGUCUCGUCUCGUCUCGUCUCAACCCACCCUCUUCAAAUAUCUAAACAACUUGAAUUCCUUAUAUGAAUUACCAAUUAGUGAAAAUGUUACAGCAUAUUAUACCCAGGAAAAUUAACUUAACACAGCUGUUGUUCGCAUAAUUCGAAAACUUUUGCUGUUAUUCAAAUUUAACUCAACUUAACUCUGGUUUUGUUUUCCUUUUUUUGUAGCCAUACCACCUCCGCCCCAGGCCCCCGCGCCACCACCUCCACCUCCUUCCCAGCCUCCUGCUCAGAAAGCUGCCCCUCCGCCAAAAUCAUCAGAACGAGGCGCAUUAUUAAGCUCCAUCUGCGAUUUUAAGAAAGGCAAAUUAAAAAAGGCUGAGACUAAUGACAAAAGCAAACCCAAAUUAUAGGGGGGUACAAUUUAAUAUCAUCGCUUGAAACCAACUGGCCAAAAUGGUCCACUUAUAAGGAUAAUUUGGCUAUCACUCCAUAUUUUCUUCUCAAAUUCUGCUCUCAAGAUUUAACAUGACAUAAAUUAUUGGUGAUUAUAAUAAUGACGUUAACAGCAAAGAUGUAAAGUCCCCAAGAACAUUAUUAUAUGUGUGUUCGUUUGUUUUGUACUGUGUGAUUUGGUUUUGUUCUAUUUUUCGAAUUAUUAUUAUUACUAUUAUUAUUAUAAUUAAUAUUAUCGUCAAUGUUAUCGUUCAUGUCAUAUUAUUUUUCGCUAUGAUUGAACUGCCUGGCCGAGAGGCUCCGAUGAUAAGCGCCCGUUGAAGAUCAGGAAAGGUGUUAGGUAUCCGUUCUAAGAUUAGAUAUUAUAUUUUCAUGAUACGUUGAACAAAUUGGUUUUUUGUUUCGUUUGUUUUUUUUUAUGGCAGUUAAAGCUGACGCAGCGUAGCUUUGUGCAAAUUGGAUAACUUUCUCAUCAAAACUAGGAAGACAAAAAUAUCAAAAUCAAAGAAAGGAUGAUUCUGCUUUAUUAUGUAAAGUGGCAUACCUCGAGAAUUGAUGGUUAGCACCAAUUACGUUA